UGGCAAAACACACCUCCACUGAGUAAGCCUGCCGAAGACGGAAGUAGACGGAAAGGCACGCAUAUGGCGUCAUUAGAGAAUUUUUGCGGGUAUACCGCACGUCCUACCCGCUGCGCUGUCGGGAUGUGACCCCGGAACAGGACGCAUCCUCAGGACUACAAACACACCAUUCAAUCUGGACCGGGAGAGGGCAUCGGGAGCAGGGGGGAUGAACCGCGAAGAGGCCCCUGGGAAGUCUCCCGAGGAGAUGUACGUCCAGCAGAAGGUGCGGGUGCUGCUCAUGCUCAAGAAGAUGGGAUCCAAUCUGACACAGAGUGAGGAGGCGUUCCUCCGGAACUACGCGGGUGUGGUGCACAGCCAGAUGAGCCAGCUGCCGCAGCACCCCAUCGAACAAGGUGCUGAGGACGGGGUGAUGGCUUUCUCCAGAUCGGAAACUGAGGACCGGAGGCAGUGACCUCUGUUCAUGCGACCCUGGCGACACCUGCGACCCCCCCCUCAACUGUAACAA